AUGGAUAUGAACACGAUCUACACGCAGCAGCCCGAUGACAACGAGAAGAAGAUGGAGCAGGACUUCUCUGAGGAGGUGAAGGUCAAAUUGCCUGAGCUGCGCGAGCAGGCCAAGACGCAGCUGGCCGAGGGCGUCGAUCGACUGCUCGCCCUCGAGAAGCAGACUCGCCAGGGUGGCGAUGAGCCCUCCACCACCAAGGUCGUUCGCUGCAUCGUCGAGGUGUGCUUGGAGGCGCGCGAUUGGCCCCGAUUGAAGGAGGUUCUCGUCGUGAUCUCGAAGCGCCGCCAGCAAUUCAGGAACACAAUUCAGACGUCGGUGCAGGUGACGAUGGACGCCUUCCCCUCGCUCCCCGACAAGGCCACGAAGCUCGAUCUCAUCGAUACGCUGCGCGCGAUCACCGAGGGCAAGAUCUUCGUCGAAGUCGAGCGUGCGCGCCUUACGCGUAUGCUGGCGCAGAUGAAGGAGGAGGAGGGCAACGUGAACGAGGCUGCCGAGCUGCUCCAGGAGGUGCAGGUGGAGAGCUUCGGCACGAUGGACGCGCGGGAGAAGCUCGACUUCAUCCUUGAGCAGAUCCGACUCUGCCUGGCCAAGGGCGACUUCGUGCGCGCGCAGAUCAUCUCACGCAAGGUCACCAACAAGGCCCUCUCGAAGCCUGAGUUCCAGGAGAUCAAGGUGAGCUACCACCUGCUCAUGGUCAAGUUCCACACGCACCAGAAGGACUACCUCAACAUCGCCCGCUCGCACUGGGCCAUCUACGACACGCCCGUCGUGCUCGCCGACAAGGCCCGCUGGCAGCCGGCCCUCACCCUCGCCGCCGUCAACGCCGCGCUGGCGCCCUACGGCAACGAACAGUACGACCUCCUCAACCGCAUCUUCAUCGACAAGCGCCUCGGCGAGCUCCCGCAGUACAAGAAGCUCCUCAAGUACUUCACCACCACCGAGCUCAUCCGCUGGCCCACGCUCCUCGGCGAGUACAAGGGCGCCCUCACCCAGCUCCCCUCGUUCGCCGAGAACUCUGAGACGCUGCUCAAGGACCUCCAGGCCCGCGUCGUGGAGCACAACAUCCGCGUGAUCGCCCAGUACUACGAGCGCAUCGCCACGCCCCGCUUCGCCCAGCUGCUCGACCUGCCCGAGUCCGAGCUGGAGCGGUUCAUCUCCGACAUGGUCUCCAACGGCGUCGUCUUUGCCAAGAUCGAUCGGCCGCGCGCCGUCGUCUCCUUCAUCAAGCGCAAGGAGCCCAGCGACGUCCUCAACGAGUACUCGCACAACAUCUCCGACCUCCUCAACCUCCUCGAGAAGACGUGUCACCUCAUCCACCGCGAGAACAUGGUGCUGGGUGGAUCACCUUCAACCAAAAUCAGACAGAACACCAAAAGAGAGAGGAGAGACAUCGUUGAGGCGCAUCCUCGCAGAAAAGCUCUCGCCACCAUGUCGAUGGACCAGCUCAUCCCCGUAAUCAACAAACUUCAGGACGUGUUCAACGCUCUGGGCACGGAUGCCAUUGAUCUUCCGCAAAUCGUGGUAGUGGGCAGCCAGUCGAGCGGCAAGAGCUCCGUUCUGGAAAACAUCGUCGGCCGCGACUUCCUUCCUCGUGGUCAGGGCAUCGUCACCCGUCGCCCCCUCGUCCUCCAGCUUAUUAAUUUGCCUACCGAUCCCAAAAAGAAGAAGAACGUCGAUGAUGAUGACGACUCGGCACUCAAGGAGUGGGGUGAGUUCCUGCACAAGCCAAAUGAAAUAUUCUACGAUUUCAAUCAAAUUAGGGAGGAGAUCGUCCGCGAAACGGAUCGCAUGUCUGGCAAGAACAAGGGCAUCUCUCACAUGCCCAUCAAUCUCAAGAUCUACUCGCCUCACGUGCUCAAUCUCACGCUGGUCGAUUUGCCUGGCAUCACGAAAGUGCCUGUGGGAGACCAGCCCGCCGACAUCGAAAUACAGAUCAGGACCAUGGUCCUCCAGUACAUCGAACGACCCAACGCCGUCAUCCUUGCCGUCACCGCCGCCAACACAGAUCUUUCCAACUCUGAUGCCCUACAAAUCGCCGCCGUCGCUGAUCCUGACGGCCAAAGGACCAUUGGCGUGCUGACCAAGAUCGACCUCAUGGACGCCGGCACGGACGCCAUGGACAUGCUGCUCAACCGGGUCAUCCCCCUGCGAUUGGGCUACAUCGGUGUCAUCAACAGGAGUCAGCAGGACAUCAUCAAGAAGAAGCCCAUCCGCGCGGCGCUCAAGGCCGAGGCCGAGUACUUUACCACGCACCCGCUCUACCGCUCGGUGGCCUCGCGUUGCGGCACGCCCUUCCUGUCGAAGACGCUCAACAAGAUCCUCAUGAACCACAUCAAGGAGUGCCUGCCCGAGCUCAAGGCCAAGAUCAACAAGAUGGCCGGCGAGGCCCAGGCCGAGCUGCUCACCUACGGCGACCCGCUCUACGACGGCAAGAGCAGCCAGGGCGCGCUCCUGCUGCAGGUCAUCACCAAGUUCUCCACGGACUACAAGAACGCCGUCGAGGGCAAGUCCACCGACCUCUCGCUCUCCGAGCUGUGCGGCGGUGCGCGCAUCAACUACAUCUUCAACGACAUCUUCGCCCGGUGUCUCGGCCGCAUCAACCCCAACGACGACAUGACGAUGAACGACAUCCGCACGGCCAUCCGCAACGCCACCGGCCCGCGCGCCGCCCUCUUCGUGCCCGAGGCCGCCUUCGAGCUGCUCGUGCGCCGUCAGAUCCAGCGCCUCGAGGACCCGUCCCUCCAGUGCGUCGACCUCGUCUACGACGAGCUGCAGCGCAUCAUCGCCCAGCUCGAGUCCAAGGAGCUCCUGCGAUUCGCCAACCUGCGCGAGCGCGUCGUGGAGGUUGUCAACGGGCUGCUCCAGAAGUGCCGAUCGCCCACGAAGGCGAUGAUCUCCAACAUGAUCGCCGUCGAGCUGGCCUACAUCAACACCAAUCACCCGGACUUCGUCGGCGGCGGCGGCGCGAUCACCCAGGUCUUUGAGCGGAUGGCCGUGACCCACGCCCAGGAGCAGCAGAUGAUGAUGCAGCAGCAGCAGGCCAUGCUCGCCCAACAGCAGCAGCAGCAGAUGCAGGGCCAGCCCGGCCAGCCGUCUCAGCCCGUGCCCCAGCCCCAGCCUGUGCCCCAGUCUCAGUCAAAGGCGACGCGUACCCCGGCACCGAUGAUGCCUCAGGGUCAGGGCGAUAUCAACGGCCAGCCCGGAAGCAACGGCUUCUUUAACAUGUUCUUCGGCGGCCAGGCUCCUCCCGGUGGCCAGGCUCAGGGCGCGCAGGCCCCUCGCUCCGCGGCCCCGCCCUCCACGCCCAUGCCGGCCACCCCCGGCGCGCCCGCCCCGCGAAUGGCGCCCCCGAGCGCCAGCGCGUCCCGCUCCGGCUCGGGCAUGUCGCGAACGACUUCGGUCGACAAGAAGGUCAAGAAGACCACCGCCUCGGGCGGCAAGAGCGAGAAGCUCGACCAGGUGCCGGCCACGAUCCGCGCCAUCUCCGCGCCCACCGACAAGGAGAAGUUCGAGACCGAGUUGAUCCAGUCACUCCUGGUGUCCUACUUUGACAUCGUGAGGAAGAACAUCCAGGAUCUCGUGCCCAAGUCCAUCAUGCACUUCCUGGUCAACCAGGCCAAGGACAGCAUUCAGAACGAGCUGGUGGCCAAUCUGUACAAGGAGGAUUAUUUUGACAACCUGCUGGAGGAGUCGUCCGCGGUGGCCUCGCGUCGCACGGCGGCGAAGGGCAUGCUGGAUGUGCUGACGAAGGCUCAGCUCAUCCUCAACGAAGUCCGCGAGAGCUCCAUCUAA